UGACAGUGUUGGCAGACAGUGUCCAGCUGCAGACUGUGGACUCUCAGUAAACACUGGGAGUUAGUCAUUAACACAGAAGAAACAGAGCGAACCAUAGUCUCUGUCCACGGCUUCGACUCUUCACGCCUCAUUUUUUUAACCUGCUUUAAUUUGGUUUGACUGACAUCAUGUCCCGCCUCGUCCUCUGUGUCUCCGUCAUCGUCGCUCUGUGGUCGGUGUCAGUGCUCAGUCUGUCAGUGUUCUCGGACCCUCCGAAGGCUCACAUGCUGCUCCGCUCUCGGCGGGCGAACUCCUUCCUGGAGGAGCUGAAACCUGCUUCGAUGGAGCGCGAAUGUGUGGAGGAAAAGUGUAGCUUUGAAGAAGCCAGAGAGAUUUUCCAAACCAGAGAAGCUACACUGGAGUUCUGGACGGUGUACACAGAUGGGAACCAGUGUCAAUCCAACAUGUGUGUUCAUGGAGUCUGCGAGGAUAUGCACCAAGCCUACGCCUGCCACUGUCACCGUGGAUACGAGGGCAAAUACUGCGACCAACCUCUAACUGCCACUAACUGCUCGGUGGAUAACGGCGGAUGUGACCACAACUGUUUGGAGAGCGAGGACGGCCUGACGAGGAGCUGCAGCUGUGUGAGCGGAUACAAACUGCACGACAACUCCAGGAAAUGUGAACCAAAAGGUCCCUCGUCCUGCGGUCAGCUGCUGAUCAGCAGGUCGUCGUACACCAAACCAAAGGACGGCCUGCUGCCCUGGAUGGUGGGAGGGGAGGUGGGGAAGAAGGGGGAGAGUCCCUGGCAGGUGUUGUUACUGAACGCCAAGGGGAGUUUUCACUGCGGAGGCGUCCUCAUCGAUGACAGCUGGGUCCUGACCGCCGCGCACUGCCUCGACAACAACCUGAGAUUCAGAGUACGACUGGGUGACUACGAGCGUCACAGAGCUGAAGGCACCGAGGUGACCCUGAGGGUCAUUAACACCUUCAAGCACCCGGACUACAACAGGAGGACGGCGGACAACGACAUCGCCAUGCUGCGUCUGGAGAGCCCCGCCCCCCACACCAAGUAUAUCGUCCCCAUCUGUCUGCCGGGACGGGAGAUGGCAGAGCGGGUGCUCCACCUGAACGGCACCCUCACCGUGGUAACCGGCUGGGGCAAAGACAGCAUGGACAGCACCCGGUUCAGCUCGGCACUCAACGUCAUCAAAAUCCCGCUGGUCGACCGCAGCAUCUGCGCCCAGCAGAUGUUCUACAACAUCUCCAACAACGUCAUCUGCGCCGGGAUCCUCGGACAGAGGUUGGACGCUUGCGAGGGGGACAGCGGCGGACCGAUGGUCACUCUGUACCGAGACACCUGGUUCCUGAUCGGCCUGGUAUCCUGGGGCGAGGGCUGCGGCAGGGAGGACAAGCUGGGCAUCUACACCAAGGUGUCCAACUAUAACGAGUGGAUCAGCAGAGUGCGUGAAGAAUGGGACACAAGUCCAAAUCCCGCAACUGUCUGAACCUCCUCAGCCCCCAACAGUUGAUCCAGUCUGGUCUGUUCAACCCACGUUAAGGCCUCAGUACAGUAGAGAUGUAACACACUUCAUAAAUAAACUGAUUCUGUCUCAA